AGAAUCACUAACUAUGCGAAAACAGUACGCCACCUCUGAUCGGUACAUUAGGCGUUUCCUUCGCCAACAAGAACGACUUCAAUCCGAUUCAGCCAUGGCUUUUACAGGUGAAACAAGCGUGCACGGUGUGUGACCGAUUCCGGUGUCGACCACAGUAACAGUCACGCUACUCACGCUGGUUCCAUGCGAACUAGAGCCGCGGAGCGCCGAGCGAGAAAGAGAAAGAGAAGCGAUUUGUCCGUCCCGUCGUCUGCUGGGAUGGAGGAGCCGCAGCAGCAGUUUAACCGAGAGGAGAUCAACGGCACCGUGUGGGAAGUUCCGGUCAAAUAUGUGCGAUUAAAGCAGAUCGGAACCGGAGCCUACGGCACAGUGUGCUCAGCUAUCAAUGAAAAAACCCAUGAGAAGGUCGCCAUCAAGAAGCUUCACCGGCCCUUCCAGUCGGAGAUCUUUGCAAAGAGAGCCUACCGGGAGCUCAGACUCCUAAAGCACAUGAAGCAUCAAAAUGUGAUAGGAUUGCUGGAUGUGUUUACCCCCGCCACCCGACUGGAAACCUUUCAGGACUUCUACCUGGUGAUGCCUUACAUGUACACCGAUCUGUCCAAGGUGCGGGGAGUGCUCACAGAAGACCGUGUGCAGUUCCUGGUCUACCAGAUGCUCUGUGGACUAAAGUACAUUCACAGCGCUGGCAUCAUUCACAGGGAUCUGAAACCAGGCAACUUGGCAGUGAAUCAAGACUGCGAGCUGAAGAUAUUGGAUUUUGGCCUGGCCAGGCAUGCAGAUCAAGAGAUGACGGGUUAUGUUGUGACAAGAUGGUACAGAGCACCUGAGGUUAUUUUAAAUUGGAUGCACUACAACCAGACAGUGGACAUCUGGUCAGUUGGGUGCAUAAUGGGAGAAAUGUUCAACGGAAAGACACUCUUCAAAGGAAAAGACUACAUGGACCAGCUGGUUCAAAUCAUGAAGGUCACAGGGACGCCUGGUCCAGUAUUCAUCGAGAAACUAGAAAGCCAGGAGGCAAAGAACUAUGUGAAAUCACUUCCUUUUUAUCCACGGAAAGAUUUCUCUACACUGUUUCCCCGGGCCAGUGAACAAGCGGUGGACCUGCUGGAGAAGAUGCUGAUUUUAGACACUGAUACACGUGUCACUGCUGAUGCUGCACUGGCCCACAGUUACUUUGAUGAACUGAGAGAUCCAGAGGACUGUCCAGAGCCUAAGCCAUAUGAUGACAGUUAUGACAAUGCCACACUGCCCCUAGAGGAAUGGAAGAGGUUGUCGUUUAAAGAAGUGAAGAGUUUUGUUCCAUUUCCAAGAAGAGACUCGAAGAGGAGAAACACACUGACAAUGUCUCAGUGAUGUUACACUAUAACACAGCCAUGCCUUUAUGUAGAGGAUUGGUGCAAAGGAACAGGGUGUACAAAUGUUUACACAGAAACCUAUUACAAAAAGUCAAGACAAUCCAUGAUGAGUUAGCAAUGAAUGUGUCUUUGUUGUGUACCUGAUAAGUGGGCUUAGGGAUGUACUGCAGUUACACUAGUGACUGCCUUUUAUUCGUUGCCUUGAAGCCUUUUUGUAGGUUUAAAAUGAUAUAAAAAAAAGAGAAAUUCUUUUGGAUAUUAUUUGAAAUCUUUGAUUCAGACCUGUUAAACUGCGGCUUUUUGUGCUCAGGAGAGAGGGGGGAAAAUGCCUAGAUACUCUGUAAAGAGCUGUACAGUUUUUCACUAUUAUUUGUAAGGUUGAACAGAGGCAAUUAAAUUUGCAGUAGUGCCCAUUAGUGUAUAUUGUAAAAUAUACCAUAGCACUGUGCAUUCAAACCACCUCAGUCCUCAGUUACUCUAGUGGCACACUGAUGUUUAAGAAUCUUGAACAAUUUGACAAAGAGCUGAGGGAGUAAACCAGGGGAAUGGAUUGAAUAACUGAAGUGCAGUUAUAAUAAUUGCAGCUAGCUUUAAGAACUCUCUGUGGUGGGUGUAUCAGGAUCCUCCCCAGCUAUAGUCCAGAGGAAAGUAGUUCAAAUACAAAUGAAAUAUGACUGAUUGCACAUGCCAUCAGAUGGUGGUCUGACCAUUUAGAGGGACCAUGGUGUGUGUGAUACGGAGGCUUUUCUGUUACAUUAAUGUUUACUUUUAAUUCGAUUACUUUCUGCAUAGCAGGUAUACACAGUAUGGUUACAUAUCACUGACCUCUGUAAUGUUAUAGGUAUUGAGCUAUAUGUAAUGGUCAUUCGCCAGGGUAUGCUAUAAAAUGACUUGUGAAUGUUGUUUAUGCUGCAUAGCUUUGUAAGAUGCAUUUUGGCAAUGAUAAUGAAAGCAGUAUACAUUUUGACAAUCAGCAAUGUAGUAUUUUACUGAAACCUUUUUAAAUAAAUGCCUUAAUUAAAAGACUACGAGAA